UGUGCUAUAUUAUUUGUAUUUUGUAUAUAUGAUAAUACAGUUAUUCGUUUAUCGUCGGAAUAUAAGAAUUUGUUGUCGAACAUGAGUGAGAGAUCGGAUGCGAGCGAUAGCGGACUCGUACCUGACCCAGGUGUGCUAAGCGCAAACCGUAGAAGAAAGACGGGACAUACAGCUACUGGUUCAUGGAGUGUGAUGGGUCUACUGCGAUAUCACAGCCCCGGCCCUGGCCCUGGCUGUUUGAUGCUACUUAUAAUCAUUCUACGGCUAUCCACUACGUACGGGAAGAGUGCGUGCCGAUUCGAACACUGCAACCGUCAGUACGAGCCAGUUGAUAUCGCGCACAACGUGAAACGAGCAAACGUGCUAGACUACUGCCAAGUGUUGCGAACAUACGCCGAAUGCAUACGCGCUACGGCGCGCGGAUGCCGAGGCAACAUCGGCUACCACGGGACGGCCAAGAUGGUCGAGGCGCGCAACGAGGAGAACAAUUGCUCGUACGUGCUAUCGCACGUCGACAGCUUCGCGUCGGCGACGGCGCCGCCGCAUCCGCGCGCCGUCGCCGAGACGACGAUGUGCAACUAUGGCGCGGGCCGCGUCGAGCCACUCGAGUACGUGCAGUGCGCGCUCUUCGGAGACCCGCACCUGACGACGUUCACUAACGAGUUCUACACUUGCAAAGUGGUCGGCGCGUGGCCGCUGAUAAGCAACGAGUACUUGUCCGUGCAGGCGACAAACGAAGCCGUGCUCCCCGGAUCCAGCGCCACGGCAACGACGAAGCUGACGGUGAUCGUGAAAAUGCACGCCGUCUGCGCCGCGGAGAAGACGUACCACGCGCAGGCCGACGCGCUGCCGCCCGCCUUCGUCGACGGCUCCUCCGCGAGCGGACCCGACGGCGCCCUCUACAUCGAGGAGGUGGUCGCCGGGCGACACAUCGUCAUCCACGCCCGUUUCAUCGGCGCGACGGUCGUGAUUCGCCGCGUCGCCGGGGCCGCGCUGACGCUCGCCGCGCGCAUGCCGCGCGAGCUCGUGCGCACGUGGGGAGCGGCCGGCCUCGAACUCUGCGUGAAGGGAUGCCCCGCGGGAGAGACGAUCGACUACCGCUCCUUCCUCGGCCGCGGCGGAG